AAGGGACCAGCAUAGAGGGGAAGAAUAGCUGGUGCUGCUUUGCAUGGUGUAGGCUUUGGAGUGGGGGGAGGAGGAGGAGGAGGAGCAGCAGCCACUGCCGAAGCCUAUAUUUACUCUUGGGAGACCCAUGGGCAAAAUCCGUUUAAAUGCUUUUUAAGAGAUCUCGGAUCCCCAGCAGCAACUGCGCCUCGGGGUGUUGCAAAAGCUCAGAGUUCACCGGAGAACCCCCCUGGCAUUACACCUAGCCACCCGGGAAGGAGGAAGGCUUCGGGACCUGUGUGUUGCAUACUUAAAAACUAUACCCCCCACAACAGAGAUUUGAGAAGCAAGAUUCUCCCUCGGUGGUGAAGAUGGGUGGCUACUUGGAUGAACUGGACGUCACGAUGGUGGAGGAGGGUUUCACUAUGAAGGACCUCAUGGAGAACCUCCUAAAGGAGGCUUCCCAAAGGGGUAGCCGAGAAGCCUUUUUUGUGGCAGAUCUUGGAGAUGUGGUGAAGAAACAUCUGCGCCUCCUCAAAGCUUUGCCCCGUGUCAAGCCCUUCUAUGCUCCAAAGUGUAACCGCAGUAAGGGAGUGGUCCAGAUGCUGGCAGGACUGGGGGUUGGAUUUGGAUGUGCCAAUAAGCCAGAGGUGGCACUGGUGAAAAGUGUCGGAGUCCCAUCAGACAGGAUAAUCUGCACAGGCCCCUGCAAGCAGAUCUCCCAGAUCAGAUACGCAGCCAGCCAAGGGGUGCAGCUGAUGACUUUCGAUAAUGAAGUGGAGCUUGGGAAGGUAGCGCGGAACCACCCAUCUGCCAGAAUGAUUUUGAGCCUAGCAACUGAUGAGUCUGAGUCUUCUGGACAUCCCACUAUGAGGUUCGGCACCACCCUGAAAUCCUGCCGGCACCUGCUAGAGACUGCAAAGGGUAUGAAUGUGGAGGUGGUCGGAGUCAGCUUCCACAUUGGAAGUGACUGUACCGAUCCUCAAGUCUUCACUCAGUCCAUAGCAGAUGCUCGCCUGGUCUUUGAAAUGGGUGCAGAGCUGGGCUACAAGAUGCGCCUCUUGGGAAUUGGAGGUGGAUUUCCUGGUGCAGAAGAGACCAAAGGACGCUUUGAAGAGACAACAACAGUGGUCAACUCUGCCUUAGACCUGUAUUUCCCAGAAGGCUGUGGGGUGGAGAUAAUUGCAGAACUGGGAUGCUACUACGUGGAUUUGGCUUUUACCUUUGUGGUCAAUGUAGUUGCCAAGAACGAAGUUCCUCUGGAUCAUCUGGGCUCUGACGAGGAAGAACCCGGAGGUAAGAAGAGCUUCGUCUACCACCUGAACGAUGGCGUCUAUGGUUCCUUUAGCUCUGUCAUCUUCAACAACACGUGCCCAGUCCCAAUCUUGCACAAGAAGCUGCCUCCAGAUCCCCCCUUGUACAGCAGCAGUCUCUGGGGGCCUACAGGGGACAGCCUGGACUGCAUUGCAGAAGGCCUGGAGCUCCCUGAACUGCACACUGGGGACUGGCUGAUCUUUGAGACCAUGGGGGCCAACAUGGGACCAGCUUCCAGCUCCCUCAGUAGAGCACAGCCAGCGCGGAUUUACUAUGCCAUGUCUAGGAUGGCUUGGGAAGCAGUCCAGCUCCUGCAGGGGAAGCUGCUGCCACCAGAAGAAGAGGACCGGGAGAACACGUGUGCCCCGCUGUCUUGUGGUUGGGAGAUCACGGAUACCCUGUGCGUCACCCCGGUCUUUGCUCCAGCAAGCAUCAUGUAAGCCAUGCUGAUCGGUCACCACAGUGGUGGUGGGGGGAGACCAUCCUCCCAACAGAUGCCUGCCAUACUUUCUCUCUCAACAGCCUUCCUGCAUCCUGCGUUUCCUGCCCGCAAGUGGGAGCCAUUUUUUCUCCCCAAUGCUGUGUGGUUUUUAAGUAUGCAACAUAAAUCCUGUUCCUCCUGAA